AUGAAAGGUUCUCGCGCAAACAGGACGUGCCCGCCAGGCUGGGAUGCAUUCGGUUGCAAGUGCUACAAGUACAUUAGGGUCCAGGAAUGUUGGACCUGGCAUUUCAACAAAUGCCAGGAUCUUUACGCUGCCACCAUGUUGGUCAUCGCGUCUGAGGAGGAGGACGAUUUCAUCACUCGUUCAUACGGUCGGGAGAUAUUUUCCAUCUGGCUGGGAGCAAAAGACCAUCGGAACAUUCAUCCUGGUACUGUCCUGCAACAGGUGCAAGGUGGUCAGAGUCAUUUAGCUCUCCCAACGACAGCUACUGGAGAGACUGUCAUCGAGUAUCUCAUAACUCAUGGAGCUGAUGUGGAGAAGGCGACUUCAAAUGGACAAACACCCUUACAUCUUGCUGCAUCACUCGGAAAUGCUCAAGCAAUAGCAUUUAUACUAAGUCAUGGAGCUAAUUUGGACAAAGAAGACAAAGACGGCUACUCUGCAUUGAACAGUGCUGUAAGGAAUGGUCAUCUUGAUGUGGUACGAUACUUUAUAAGUCAGGGGGCAAAAGUGUAUCAGGAAAAUACAAAAGGCUUGUCUCCUUUACACACGGCAGCAGGGAAUGGUAAACUUGAAGUAGUGAAAUACCUCGUCAGUCAAGGAGCCGGGGUAAAUGAAGGAGAUAAUGAGGGUAAGACUGCAUUACACAUUGCUGCUCAGAAUGGUCGUCUUGAUGUCACCACAUAUCUCAUCAGUCGAGGAGCUGAGGUGAAUAAGGGAAGUAAUAACGGUGCAGAUGCAUUACACGGUGCUGCUCUUGGUGGUGAACUUGAUAUCUCCAAGUAUCUCAUCAGUCAAGGAGCUGAUGUGAAUAGGGGAGAUAAUAAAGGUGUGAAAGCAUUACACAUUGCUGCUCAAUAUGGUCAUCUUCAUGUCACAAAAUAUCUGAUCAGCCAAGGAGCUGAGGUAAAUGAAGGAGACAAUAAGGGUAGGACUGCAUUACACAGUGCUGCUGAGAACGGACAUCCUGACGUCACCAAAUAUCUGAUCAGCCAAGGCGCUGAUUGGAAUAAGAGAGAUAACAUGGGUUGGACUGUAUUACACGGUGCUGCUCAUGGUGGUGAACUUGAUUUCAUCAAGUAUCUGAUCAGUCAAGGAGCUGAUGUGAAUAGGGGAGACAAUAAAGGUAUGAAAGCAUUACACAUUGCUGCUCAGAAGGGUCAUCUUGAUGUCAUCAGAUAUCUGAUCAGCCAAGGAGCUGAUUGGAAUGACAGAGAUAAUGAGGGUUGGACUGUAUUACACAGUGCUUUUAAGGGUGGUGAACUUCAUGUCAUUAAGUAUCUGAUCAGUCAAGGAGCUGAGGUGAAUGAGGGAGAUAAUAAAGGUAUGAAAGCAUUACAUGUUGCUGUUCAAUAUGGUCAUCUUGAUGCCAUCAAGUAUCUGGUAAGUCAAGGAGCUGAGGUGAAUGAGGGAUAUAACAAGGGUCGGACAGCAUUACGCACUGCUGCUCUCUAUGGUCACAUUGAUGUCACAAGAUAUUUGAUCAGCCAAGGGGUUGAGGUGAAUGAGGGAGACGAUAACAUGGGUCGGACUGCAUUACACGAUGCUGCUCUUGGUGGUAAACUUGAUAUCUCCAAAUAUCUCAUCAGUCAAGGAGCUGAUGUGAAUAGGGGAGAUAAUUACGGUAUGAAAGCAUUACACUUUGCUGCUCGAUAUGGUUAUCUUAAUGUCAUCAGAUAUCUGAUCAGCCAAGGAGCUGAGGUGAAUAACGGAGAUAAUGACAGUUGUACUGCAUUACACAUUGCUGCUCUGAAUGGUCGUCUUGAUGUCACCGAAUAUCUCAUCAGCCAAGGAGCUGAGGUAAAUGAAGGAGACAAUAAGGGUAGGACUGCAUUACACAGUUCUGCUGAGAAGGGACAUCUUGAUGGUCAUCUUGCUGUCACAAAGUAUUUGCUAGUGCAGGGUAUAAGUGUGAACAUGAGUGACAGAAACGGCUACACUCCUUUGCACAUUGCUGCUCUGAAGGGUGACGUCGAUACGAUUAAGGUCCUGCUUGAGGAAGGAGCCCUAGUUGACGUAAAGGAUACCAAUGGCCAGACCCCGCUGCAUCUAUCUUCAAAGAAAGGAAGUGCCAAUUCUUCCGACAUCUUAGCAAAGCAUGCAAAGAUCAACGGGAUUCUUGAUCAUCGUGAUGAUGAAGGAUUGACUGCCAUUCACCUCGCCACUCAAAAUGGCCACACACCAGUUGUCGAGUCGCUGGUUAACCAUGGAGCUUCCUUGAACAUCCAGUCACACGAUGGAACAACCUGUCUUCAUGAAGCCAUCAAACUUUCUGAUCAUACGAUAACCUCUCUUGAUACACCUCGUGUGUUGACUCAGAUCUCAGAGGACUUCUAUCAGCACGAGUUUUCCCCAGAGGAGACUUUAGUAUUAUACCUUCUGGAGCACGGCGCGAAGCUGGAUAUGAGAGAUGGUCAAGGCAAACUACCAAUCCACUAUGCUUCCGAUGAAGUUAUCCGACAGAUGAUAUUUUCAAGGUUACCGUCAGUAGAUAUGAUCGCAAGAUAUCGAGAUGAAGAAGCCAUACCCUUGGUUACAGUGUCUGUUCAUGUCGAUAAUGGCGGAAAGCAGCUAGAACUGGCGGAUCUUGGUAUAUCAAUGUCUAUCCCACUAGGGGCUGUUAAAAAGAGUGACUCCUGCAAGAUUACAUUAACCAAGGUACAAGAUUCUCCAAGCAUCAAUAGCCAGAGGGGUGAAUCAGUGGCCUGCUACGGGAUUAGAUGUGACCCUCUAAAUAUGAUCUUCCAUCAACCGGUUAAGAUCAAGAUACCACAUUCAGCCUGCAUCGUCAACUCAGAUCAAUUGAAGCCUGACAUCGUUUGGCGUGUAUGGGAUUCACCAAAGGGUAAGCCGAUUGGAUCUACCAAGAACAUCAAGAAAGAGAUCAUCCAGCUCACCAGACGAGCCACCAUACUGCAGAGUGUACAAGAGACAUAUUGA